CCUCUCUGUGGCUCUCUUUCACUCUCCCUCUCCAACCUUUGCUGUGAGGCUGGAUGUGGCGGUGUGUCUGAGCGUUCUGCACGUGGGACGGCUCUUCACCCAGUGGGCUCGGAGCAGACGGGGCAUUCGGACCGGGACUGACUUCUCUGGGGUCUCUUGUUGUGGGUCUUCAUCUUCGGGACCAGGAGGAACAUCCACCAACCCCCCUCCCCCCCCCCCUUGAAGGCAGAGGCAGCGGUGGUGUCACCCCCACCCACGCUGCACCGGCAUGGGCCUCCCAGAGGGGCCGGCCAGGCCACCUCUGAUGCUCCCCAAGGCAGCCUGCCUCCUCCUCUGCCUCUUCCUCCUGCCCUGCAUCUCCAUCCUCGCGCCGCCUCUCCCCAGGGUCUUCCUCUCCUUUGAAGACCUGCAGGAGUCCGGUUCCUUCCAGUACUACGGCCUGGCGGACCGGGCGGCGGACUGCCGGAUCCUCCACAUGGACGAGGACCAAGACCGCAUGUACGUGGGCUGCAAGGACCACGCCCUGUCCCUGGACCUCAGCAACAUCACCCAGGACCCGCUGCAGGUGUUCUGGCCUGCCUCCCCAAGCAAGAUCCAAGAGUGCCAGAUGGCCGGGAAGGACCCCACGCACGGCUGUGGUAACUUCAUCCGCGUGCUCCAGCCGUACAACAGGACUCAUCUGUUCAUGUGCGGCAGCGGAGCCUACAGCCCCGUCUGCAUCUACGUCAACAGAGGACGGAGGCCCGAGGAGCAGGUCUUCCACAUCGACCGGCAGACGGAGUCGGGUAAGGGUCGCUGCUCCUUCAACCCGCAGGUGAACACGGUGUCCGUCAUGAUCAACCAGGAGCUGUUCUCAGGGGUGUACAUCGACUUCAUGGCGACGGACGCGGCCAUCUUCAGGAGUCUGACCCGGAGGAACGCCGUGCGCAGCGACCAGCACAACUCCAAGUGGCUGAGCGAGCCCGUCUUCAUCGACGCCCAGCUGAUCCCGGACGGCAGCGACCCCAACGACGCCAAGCUCUACUUCUUCCUAAGGGAACGGCUGACGGACCACAGCGGGAACACCAAGAGCCUCCACACCCUGCUGGCCCGCGUCUGUCCGAACGACGUCGGGGGCCAGAGGAGCCUGGUGAACAAGUGGACCACCUUCCAGAAGGCCCGCAUGGUCUGCUCUGUCCAGGAGGAGGACGGGACCGAGACCUACUUCGACGAGCUGGAAAGCGUGUUUCUGCUGGAGGCGGAGCAGCCCCAGGGUUUGCUGGUGUUUGGCGUCUUCACGUCCACGAGUUCUGUGUUCAAAGGCUCGGCCGUGUGCGUGUACAACAUGGCUGACAUCCUGACCGUCUUCAACGGGCCCUUCGCCCACCGAGAGGGCCCCAACUUCCAGUGGGUUCCGUUCCAGGGCCGCAUCCCCUAUCCACGGCCCGGAACUUGUCCGGGCGGGGCCUUCACCCCGGACAUCCAGUCCACUAAGGAGUUCCCUGACGACGUGGUGACCUUUGUGAGGAACCACCCGGUGAUGUUCAACCCUGUGUACCCGGUGGGCCGCCGGCCGCUGGUGGUCCGCACCGGCGCUAACUACAAGUACACCAGCGUGGCCGUGGACCAGGUGGCGGCCGCCGACGGAAACUACCAGGUCCUCUUCCUCGGCACCGACCGCGGGACGGUCCAGAAGCUCAUCGUUCUGCCCUCUAACGGCUCUUUGGACGAGGACCUGGUACUGGAGGAGCUGGAGGUCUUCAAGAACCAAGUGCCGGUGACCAACCUGAGAAUCUCCUCCAAGAAACAACAGCUGUACGUGAGUUCGGACCACGGCGUCUCGCAAGUGUCGCUCCACCGUUGCCAAGCCUACGGCGAGGCGUGCGCGGACUGCUGCCUGGCUCGGGACCCCUACUGCGCCUGGGACGGCCUGAGCUGCUCCCGCUUCUACCCCACCGGGAAGAGACGCAGCAGAAGACAGGACAUCAUGCAUGGAAACCCGCUGACCCAGUGCAGAGGAUUCAACCUUAAAGCGUACCGUAACGCGGUGGAGAGGACGCAGUACGGGGUGCGUAACAACACCACCUUCCUGGAGUGCUCCGCCACGGCUCCGCGCUCCUCCAUCCGCUGGCUCAUCCAGCGUGACAACGACCGCCGCAAAGAGGUGAAGCUGAGCGAGCGAGUGCUGUCCACCGAGCACGGCCUGCUGGUCCGUGCGGCGCAGGCCUCGGACCAGGGACUCUACUACUGCCUGGCCACCGAGAACGCCUUCAAACGCACCGUGGCCAAGAUCCGCCUGCGCGUGCUGAGCCCGGCCAUGGUGUCCCUGCUGUCCGACACGCCGCCCCCGGCCCCCCCGGGCCCCGGGGCCCUGCUGGCGGGCUUCAGCCCCUCAGAGAGCCUGGCCGUGCAGCAGUACUGCAAGGAGAGGAGGCAGCUCCAGGACCAGGUCCCGGGGCGGCCGGGGUCCCCCGGGAAUGUGACUCCCCUGAGGGGGGACCAGGCCAAGCUCAAGCCCCUGCUGGACCGACGGAAGAGCCGCAACCGUCGCAACCACCUCCCGGAGUACUGAACUAGGGGUACCCCUCAACCCUGGUAGACCCGUGGUACCCUCUCCCAACCCUGGGUACACCCAGUGGUACCCUCCUCCCAACCGUUGGUAGACCCAUGGAUACCCCCCCCUCCAAACCUUGGGUUCCCCCGUGCCUACCCUGGUAGACCCAUGGGUACUCCCCUCUCAAACCUGGUAGACCCAUGGUGCCCCGUCCCAACCCUGGGUAGACCCAUGGGGAACCCCCUCCAAACCCUGGUAGACCCAUGGUACCCCCUCCCAACCCUCAGUAGACCCAUGAUACCCUGUCCCAACCCUGGAAGAACAGACUGAUGUCGACCCGCUCAAAGAAUGACCCACCGCACCUUUUGUCCUGGAGUUCUGGACGUUAGCCAGAGGCUUUGUUAGCAUGUUAGCUCCUGGAGCCUCAGAGCUGGGGAGGGGAGGAGGCGGACAUGGAGGUCCCUGGCUUCUGCUCGCAUGAGACGUGUUGCGCCGGCCAGGGAAAGACUGUGGCGUUAUGUAAACACUUGCAUGUACACAAGCACACGCACACACACACACACACACACACACACACACACACACACACACACACACAAUUGCUUUUCGCUCUUCACUGUGUCCAUAAAGGGGUAAAGAAAUGGGGUACUUCCUGCUCCUGUUUCUUGACGCCAACCCUCAUCUAAACGAUGGCUUCAGACCCACCCUGGAGCGUCGUCGUAGGUCACAGCGGUCUGCUCCUUCAUGUAGCAGACUGAACCAGGGAAGGUCAGUCCACCCCUCCUUUAUGAGCGGCCUGUCUGUGACCUAUGAUUGACCGCUCUGUUCAAAGGUCCUGCUGUUAUCAGGUCCUCACAGGGAGGGGCUUUGAGUAAAGAAAUAAACCUUCACACUCUCGUUGACGAUUAGUGCCCCAAUGUAAACGUAAACAUCACAAAUGGAAACGAUGUGCCGUAUUUUGGGGGAAAUAAAUAUUAAGCCCCCUAGUUUUCCAAAUAAACAGUACUAUAAAAUAUGUUGAGAUGAGGAUUUAAACUUGUACGUAUAACCUCUGAGAUCUGAACAGAGCAGACAUUCUGAUCCUUAUUAAAAGCUCUUGGUACUACCAGCACAUAAGGAUGUUUACACAGAACCAGAACUACAUGACCAUCUCCAACACUGGUUUGAGUGAAGAAUUCUUCCUUAAAGAUGAAAUGUUGGUUCUGAUCGCCUUGGAGACAGAUGGUACUUUCUAAUAGAUCGACCUUUGACCUGUCCUCUAAUGAUAUGUUAAUAGUUCAGCAUGUUUCUCAGAAACAUAUUUAUUGUAGAUAUUAUUGUUGUAAUCGUCUGUUUAACUUAAUGUCUAGUGUUGUGGAAACCUGUUGUCAUAGCGACUCAUAGUAUGUAUAAUUUCAGAGUAUUUCAUUAACUAAGACGGAUCUGCAGAUCGCAGUGAUGAUCACCCCCCCCCCCCCCCCCCCCCCGUCUCUUUGUAAAUCCGGUCAGUUUAAUGUUCUCAUAAUGAUCCCAUAUCUUCCUAUUUAUUAAAGAAUCAAAUGCGGAAAUUUUGUAUCCAUUUAUUGAAUUAUAAGUUCAGCU